AUGCCGCGGAUUCGAGUUACUGUUCCUGAACUCUCCCAGUCCACUUACAGCCGCUUUCGGUUGAUCGAUAAUGCAGCGCCACUGCUAAAUACCGUUGACAUGUUGAAUGGAACCGAUUACCGAAAUGGAGGGCAACUAGAUAAUAAUCUACCCGUUUCCUGUGCAAAUUAUAUAUCACCCUUGCAAAAAGCUGUUAUGCCUGCUCCACCAUCGGACCAUGGGUCCUUCUUACAACAUUGUUUCGACGUCUUCCUCUCCUCCUCGAGUCCUGAUUCAAGUCUAUUCCUUCCCAUCUGUGGUGGCUCCGAUUCGGGCAUGUUUUGUGUGGUCGGAGACGAGUUUGAUUCUUCUCGUAUGGUGUACCACGACGUGCGGCUAUCACCCCCUAGCUCCUCGAGAUUAAAGGCUGGUGACAUUAUUCUCUCAAUUAAUGAAUACGAGAUCUCGGGAUUCACUUGUCGCGAUGCCGUGCAGCUGCUUGACAAUGUGACGCGAGUGAACUGUGAUCCUGGUGGGACCGGACCUCUGGUACGCAUUCGAGCUUGCUCCCCUUCUGCUCUUGCCACUGGGAAUAGCACAUUGUCCAGCUUCUUGGCGUUUGCUUUUCCUCAAAACUCAGCUGAGUACACGCUGCAAGAGAAGAUCCGUGAAAAUGUCUAUCAGAGAGUUGUGCCUUGCACUACGCGUCUACCGAGGGCUGAUGAAGUGGACGGAGUGCACUAUCACUUCCUGAGUGUUCCGGAGUUCUUGGCUUUGGAACGAGCUGGUUUUUUGCUCGAGAGCGGUGUGUACAAAGGUGAGAAUCUCAUUGUUACCUAA